AUGUCGGAAACACUGCCAAGUAAUAAGAAACAACUUCCACGGCAGCUGCGUGAACGCAAGCAGCGCAAGCUAUACUCCGAUGAGUGGGCCCUUGGUGAUGAUGAAGCCGAGGGAGGUAGAGGUUUCUCCCUCGCUGAUAAACUGGAUAGCUCCAGGUUUGAGCAUUCUGGUGCAGUUCUUGAAAUGCAGGGCACAGAUCUCACCAUCACUUACCUUCAGAAACACGGAUUCACCACUCCACUCCUGUUUAAGGAUAAAGCCGGACUGGGUUUGAGAGUGCCAACAAGCAACUUCACUGUGAACGAUGUGCGCAUGUGCGUCGGGUCUCGACGCCUCCUCGACGUAAUGGACGUAAACACGCAGAAAAACAUCGAAAUGACUAUGAAGGACUGGCAACGUUACUAUGACGAUCCUAACAAGGAGCGCCUUUUGAACGUGAUUUCCUUGGAGUUCUCUCACACUCGGUUGGAGAAUUACGUGCAAGCGCCGCGAAUCGUACGCCUCAUCGACUGGGUCGAGACUGUAUGGCCGAGACACUUGAAGGACCAACAGACCGAAUCCACUAAUGCGUUGGAUGAUAUGAUGUAUCCCAAAGUGCAGAAGUACUGCUUGAUGUCCGUAAAGGGAUGCUAUACUGAUUUUCACAUUGACUUUGGUGGUACUUCGGUGUGGUAUCAUAUUUUGAGAGGUGCAAAGGUGUUCUGGCUGAUUCCGCCAACAGAAAAGAACUUGCAGUUAUAUGAAAAAUGGGUGCUGUCCGGCAAACAAUCCGAUGUAUUCUUUGGCGACACAGUCGAGAAAUGCGUUAGAGUUCAUCUACAAGCUGGGCAUACUUUCUUUAUUCCUACCGGAUGGAUCCAUGCAGUGUACACCCCGAGUGAUUCACUUGUUUUUGGAGGAAAUUUCUUGCACCAAUUCGGUAUUGAGAAACAAUUGAAGAUUGCUCAGGUCGAAGACGUUACCAAGGUGCCCCAGCAGUUCCGUUAUCCGUUCUUCACCGAAAUGCUGUGGUAUGUCCUAGAUCGCUACGUGAGUGGUCUUUUGGGCCGCUCGCAUCUGGCGCCCGAAGGACAAAAUCCACCGCCCACGCCACCCAAAGAUCACAUACAUUUAACGCAGAAUGAAUUACAUGGACUCAAGGCCAUAGUAUUGUAUCUUCACCAACUGCCGGCGGCUCGUAAAUCCGUGCCGGAGUUACUCAGUGAUCCAAUAGCACUAGUCCGAGACGUCCGGAAUUUAGUGGAACAGCACCGGCACGACAAACAACAGCUUGCUAUCACUGGACAGCCCAUUCUGAAAGGUCCAGACGACUCCGGCGGUGAACGCAUCCGUCAAUGGGGUGGUGGUAGAGGCCGCGGCGGACACCGCGGAGCUCCAGCGCGACCACGACCAGAACACGCCAAUAAUGCCCCUAGACGUCGUAGAACGAGGUGUAAGAAAUGUGAAGCCUGUCAGCGAACGGACUGUGGAGAAUGUGUAUUUUGUCACGACAUGGUUAAAUUCGGUGGACUAGGCCGAGCGAAACAGACAUGUGUUAUGCGACAGUGCUUACAGCCAAUGCUGCCAGUAACGGCGUCUUGUGCGGUGUGCCACUUGGAUGGAUGGAUGCAAACUCCAGUCGCCCCACAAGCUAAAGGCAACUCAGGUCGCAAUGGGCCGUCUCUGUUGCGUGAGUGCUCUGUAUGCUAUAGCAUAGUUCACGAAACGUGCGUGCCUGCUGGUGGACAGUUGAACGAGGACCUGCCAAAUUCGUGGGAGUGCCCCACCUGUACUUCAAUGGGAUUGAACCACGAUUACAAGCCUCGUCAUUUCCGUGCACGUCAAAAGUCUUCAGACCUGCGCCGCAUGAGUGUCAGCUCCGAUGCUAGUCAGCUGAGUCAGAAUCAUUUGCAGAACAAAUUACCACCACCAUCCUCGAUUUCUAUGAAGACGGACACGAACGACAAACGCGACGAAGAUGGCAACGAGGUGGCCGGAGACAGUGGUGAACGAGGCGAAGACUGGGAGCCGACAAAUAAGAGACGUCGCGCCAGUGACGAAGACGAGGCGCCCAAGAAACAAGCUCUCAGGGCCCAUCUCGCUAUACAGCUGACCCAUCACUCUUCUAAGGCACUUAAGAAACCGUUAUACCCCGUUCGGCCAGCGCCAGUAGCGAUAUCAAACUUUGCGGGCACCCCCUGGCUCGACCGCGACGCCAUGCUGAGUGUGUUCGCCAAGCUGACCCCGCACGAGCUGGCCACUUGUGCCCUUGUGUGUAAGGCCUGGGCUGAGUACUCGAUGGAUCCCUGUUUAUGGCGUAGCAUGUCGUUCGUGCAAGUGCGUGUGUCGGCAGCUCAAUUGGCCGGUAUAGCACGGAGGCAGCCGCUAUCUUUGGGCUUGGAAUGGUGUCAUCUAGCACGAAGACAGCUGGCUUGGUUACUAGCUCGUCUGCCGGCACUUCGAUCUCUCUCUUGGCCGGUUCCCCCCGCUGAAGCAGCUCUGGCUCUUCGAUCCAGCUCGUGUCCACCACUAACUUCACUCGAUUUGUCUUUCGCGCGGUGUCUGGACGAUGCCAAGUUACGCGGUAUUCUGGCGCCACCGGAGAACUCGAGGCCGGGGGGUGGGGCGCGUUCUGGUACAGAACCGUCUCGAUUGGCCGCUCUUGCUGUACUGAGGCUUCCGGGAACUGAUAUUACAGAUGUGGCUAUGCGAUAUGUUGUUCAGGCUUUACCAAAACUAGUGGAACUAGAUGCGUCUUCCUGCGCCCGACUGACCGAUGCCGGUGCAGCUCAAUUAGCUCAUCACGGUCUUCAGAGGCUAUCGUUGGCUGGGUGUCGACUUCUGACAGAAGCUGCGUUGGAUCAUCUCACUCGCUGUCCUAACCUAGUGCGGUUGGAUCUCCGACAUGUCCCCUUGGUAUCCACACAAGCGGUCAUCAAAUUCGCAGCCAAAUCGAAGCACAACCUGCACGUGAAGGACGUUAAGCUGGUCGAGCUGCGGAGCAUCUGA